GAUCAGGAUUAUAAGCAUUAAAAUCAGCUUGAAUUCUCGCCACAAUACGAACUUUGAAGCGUUAUUUCGUAUACCCCGCUAACAUUCUUGCUUCGUGACUGUGUUGUUAAUUCGGUAUGAUGAUUGACGUCCCUUUCAUCAAGCCGCUCUGAUUGGUUAGUACAGCGAACAUCGCAUUGUUCACUCGCGUCGAAACCGAACAACUGCUAUUUUGCGGUCGUUUGACAAAUAGUUUUUCGUUCCUUGCGAACAAAUGAUACAGAUUCUUGCUGAAACGUCUGGAGAUUCUGGUUUUUCUAAUGUUUUGGUAUCGAUAAUUACAUUUGAAAGGGUCAAGAAAUCAAGGAUAGAGUUGUAGUCCGCAAAUAUCGAGACGCUGGAGUUGCAGUUGCUAAACAUGCGAGACAUCAGCGUGAUCGUUUAUUCUAUUUUAUGUUACUUCUGUUUAUUACAUACGGCUAUUGGACAGGGCUUCGACGUUACAGUUAAUCUAGAAGAAGGCAAGGACGCUGGACAGCCAGUACACACAUUCCCUUUACCUGCGAGUAAUGAAGUUUACACCUUUUUCCCGGCGCAAGAUGCCGAUUCGAAGGCUGCUUUAACCUUGUUUCAAAUUUCUGAACAAGGGGUCGUUACAACAACAAAGCCGAUCGACUUCGAGAUCGGCAAGAAAAACAACUAUGAUUUGGUGGCUGUGCGGCGUGAUCGAGGUGACAAGGAAGGAGGGGUUCCUUUAAGUAUCCGAAUCUUUAUAACGGACACGAACAAUUUCGGUCCGACUUUCCCUUCAAAUUUGUAUCAUGGUAGAGUAAAGGAAGAUUCUCCAGUAGACACCAUCGUGUUGGGUCUUGAAAACUGCUUUGCUGAAGACAGAGACAAGGAAGGCAGCAUAAGUUACUCCAUAAGUGGCGGAAACGAGAAAGGGUACUUCAAAGCUGAACGAAGGAUUCUUAGCAACAUUAAUCGCGUCUUUCUUGUUUUGAAAACUACAAAUAUCAGGAUCGAAAGGGACGUCAACACACCCGAAAUAAUCUUAACCGUUCGUGCAUUCGAUGGCAGACGAUUUGGAACCACUAAAGUUAGCAUUACUGUCCUCGAUGUUAACAACAACGAUCCAAAGUUCGACAAGGAUUCUUACACGGCCACUAUUAACGAGGAUACCCCUCUCAUGACAUCUGUAUUGCGAGUUCGCGCAACCGACGCGGAUGUUGGUACCAACGGAGGUAUCUAUUACUACAUCAGCGGAGGUUCGCCAUGGUUUUCUGUCGAUGCUAUCACAGGAGUUAUGAAAGUGGUGGGUCGACUACCCAAUCAAGCAGCUGUUCAACUGCAAGUUACUGCUCAAGACCGCGGUAGGGACAGCACUAGAACCCACACAGCAGAUGUGGAGGUAAACAUAAAUCUUAUUGCUGACUACCCUCCAGCUGACACAGCUAACCCAGGAGCAAACACGCCUCCAGUGUUUCCAGAAGGAAGUUACUCAGCAAAUGUGCGCGAGGAUUUCCCUGUUGGUGCUGUUGUUCUUGUUAUCCAUGCAGUGGACCGUGAUCCUCCGGGCCGAAACUCACGUAUUCGGUACCGCCUUAGUGGAGACAAUGCUUUCCAAAUCAAUCAAAACAAUGGUGUGGUUUCUUUGAGGACGAAUUUAGAUUAUUCAAUUAAAAGUAGUUACGACCUUAACGUUAAUGCUGAAGAUGAAGCUCAAAGUCCCCUCAGUGCAACAGCUUCUUUGAAAAUUACUGUGCAGCAAGUGGAUAAAAAUCGCUUUGCACCAGAGUUUCAGGCUCCAAAUAAAUAUCAGCGUCAAGCAUCCAUUCCAGAGAAUAGAGCGAUCAAUACAAAAGUUGGUAGUUCUAUUAUUGCAACUGAUUCUGAUGGCAGUCAAAGGCCUGAAGGUCAGGUUAUGUACUCUAUUGCUUCUGGAUCUGGCCUGCCAUAUUUUAAAAUUAAUGAGAACACUGGUGAUUUACGCUCUGUCGCUGUCCUUGAAAGAGAAAAGCAACCUCAGUAUAACCUGUUGAUUGAGGCUCGCGAUAAAUCCCUCUAUCCUCUAAAAUCUAACUUGUACAUGGUAAUUACAGUCACAGGAGUUGAAGACAAUUUUCCUGACUUCUCCCAGCCUGUUUACGAGGCUGAGGUACCAGGAAAUGCCCCUAAGGGAACCUUUGUGACAGCCAUCCAUGCCAUUGACCAAGAUGGUGAUACUGUAACAUACUCAAUUGACAAUGCUGGAAGUGCGUUUACCAUCCAAACAGAUUCAGGGGUCAUCACCACAGCAAGACCACUAGAUCCCGCAAAUGAGGAGAGGAAUUUUGUGCUUUCUGUCCGUGCCACAGCUACAAAUAAGGAUUCUCUUGCCCAAGUGAUUGUUGAUGUUGUGAGUGAAGCAGACUCACCUCCAACCUUUGUUAAUCUUCCAUACAGGGCUACUGUGCCAGAAAAUCUGGGACAGAUUGAUAGCCUUUUGUGUUUAGCUGCCAAAGAUAGUCAAGGUAAACCUGUGACAUACUCUAUUGCCAGUGACACUGAUGGAAAGUUUUCAGUGGAACAAGAUUCUGGCCGCUUUUCUGCAACUGGCUCUUUUGAUUAUGAGGCUUUUACGGAAGGAGUGUAUAAAGUACAGGCCUCAAGUGGGCCACAACAGAUUGCCACCGAAAGUGUCACCAUUACUGUCACAGAUACAAAGGACCCACCCAAGUUUAGCAAGAGUAGCUACAAAUUCUUUAUAGAUGAAGACACCAGUGCUGGCACUACAAUUACAAUAACAAAUCGAGAUGGAUCAUCGGGGGGAUUAGUCAUUGAAGAUGCAGACACAACAAUAACAAAUUUUGAGUGUACAAUUGAGAAUAUACAGUCCCUAGCUAUAGAAAAUCACUUCACGAUAAAAUUAGUGACUAGUAACAAUAACAAGAAUGGUGAAUGUAAACUGAUAACUCAGUCAUCAUUUGACCACUUUGACACUCCCAAGUUUACAUUUGAGGUGCGAGCUACUGAUAAAAAUUAUCGCAACAUGUAUGCCUCCGCACAAGUGGAGGUUGAAAUAAGGGAUAAGAAUAACAAUGCUCCAGUGUUUUCACAGCAAAGUUACUGGGCUUCUGUGGACAAAAAUUUUCCUGUGAGGAAUUCAAUCCUAAAAGUCACAGCCACAGAUAAAGAUUCUGGCUCAUUUGGAGAAGUCACGUAUCAAAUAAGUCGAGACACUCAGGAUAGAAACAGAUUCAGUUUGGAUUCUAACACUGGUGUGUUGUCCAGUGCAAGUUCCUUGGCAGAGAAGACGUACAAUCUGUUGAUUGAGGCAUCUGAUAGAGCCCAAGAGAAUAAUAAUAUUCGAAAGACAAGAGUGUCUGUGCAAGUCUAUGCUCCUGGAACAACAUAUAUCCAGUUUGAUCCAGCAAGUUACUCUAAAGACAUUGCAGAAAGUGCAGCAAGAGACACUAAUGUAUUCAAAGUAACAGCAAAGGGACCAAAUUCGAUUAGAUAUAGUAUUGUUGGUGGAAAUAUAAACAAUGCCUUUAAAAUUUCUCAAAGUGGACAAGUCCAAGUAGCAAAUUCUCUUGAUCGUGAGACACAGGCAACCUAUAAACUGGUAAUUCGUGCUAACAAAGAUGGCACUAAGUUGGCUUCAGAGGUGACUACUACCAUCAAUGUGCUAGAUGUGAAUGACUUCACGCCAAAAAUAACGUUCAUGGAGACUGAACCUAAAAACCUUGCAGUUGAAGACUACUCACCCAAAGGAAGCUUUGUAGUAAAGGUAACUGCUAUUGAUCGUGAUGCAGGUGCUAAUGGACAGGUCAAGUACAGUAUCACCACGUCAAACACUCCAUUCCAGAUAGAUCAGAAUACAGGUGUUAUCACAGCCUCACGGGAAAUAAGGCGAUCUGAACAGCAGGUAUGGACUGUUCGUGUUCAAGCCAGGGACAGCAAAGGUCUCCAAAGCUUUUAUAACCUCAGAUUUACUGUAACAGAAGGGCUACAAGCACCACAGCUGUCUCCGACUAUUCCAGUUUCCUUGGAUGAGAACAAACCUGUUGGUUUUAAGGUAAAAGAUAUUUCACCAACAACACCAAACAAUAACUACAAGUACAACAUCCUUGGUGGAAACACCGACGAAGCAUUCUGUAUCAACCACGACGGUGUGAUAAGCGUGGCCAGACCCCUGGACAGGGAGAAAAUUUCCUCGUAUUCAUUGAAAGUGUCCGUUUCUGUGGGAAACAAGGUCAGCAACACGUCUGUGGAUGUGACGAUUAGGGACAAAAAUGAUGACGCUCCCCGGUUUACUAAAGCCGUCUACUCUUUUGAUGUUAGCGAAGACAGAGGUUUUGCUCAAGAAGUUGGAAAAGUGUCAGCAGAAGACAAAGAUACUGGAGAUAACGGAGAAGUCGAAUAUCGGUUGUUGUACACUGUGAAUGUAAACUCGAAGUUUAACGUUGACCCCAAGACUGGCUCCAUUAGUACUAUCGAUGCCCCGGUUGGCUCCAGUCCCUCUGCUAGGCCACUUGAUUUUGAACAGAUCAAGCAGCACGUUUUAUACAUCCGUGCAGCGGAUAACGGAAUUCCUUCUCUUUCCACCAUCGCCAAAGUGAUGUUCAACAUAAAAGAUGUGAACGAUCAGACCCCUAAGUUUUCCGCGGAUUCCUACGUCUCUAAAGUAGCCCUUGAUGCCAAAGUGGACUCUCAAGUCCUAUUGGUUGUAGCCACGGAUUUGGACAGUGGUGAUAAUGGUAAAGUGGUUUAUAACAUUACGGGGGGUAAUGAGGAGGAAGCCUUCAAAAUUGAUCCUGAUACCGGAGUCAUUAAGGUCAAAAAGUCUUUAACAACAGUGUCAGCUUCUACUUUUACACUUGACGUGGAAGCCAAAGACAAAGGAAAUCCGCCGAGAAGUACUAUCGCUAAAGUGGACCUGAAUGUCUUUUUACCUGAUGGACCGCCCAAGUUUGUCGUUAAACCAGUCGUUCAAGAAGUUACAGAAGGCAUUAAAGCGAACAACAGAGUCAUCGUCGUGAAAGCGGCCACUUCUGAGGCUCUUACUUAUGAAGUAGUAUCUGGUAACGAAGAUGGCUUGUUUCGGAUUAAUCCUUCCACAGGUGAAAUUAUGGUAACAAGAGAGCUGGACUACGAGGAAGCUCGAGAACGUAAGCUUGUUGUGCGAGUGAUGGACACUAGAGACCGCAGUGAUCAAGUGACUGUGAUCUUUCAAAUCAAGAAUAUAAAUGAUAACGCCCCCACGUUCCCUGGUGAGGUUGAUGGUUAUGUGGAAAGAAAAGUAGAGGACGACUUCCAGGUAGGCGAUCCUGUCGCCCGUCUGUCAGCCUUUGACGGUGAUGUAGGGGACAAAAUCACCUAUACAUUAUCUGAGAAUGCACGGGCAUCCUUUUCAAUCGAUAAAGAAGGUUUCUUGAUAGCCAAGAAACCUCGCAAGGAGUUCCCAUCUCCGGUAAAGUUUAACUUGACCGCCAAGGAUAACGGUUCUCCACCACGCGAGAGCAAGGUUAAUGUGCAGCUUGUGCUGGUUAGCUACAGACCGGAACAGCAGCAACCAGUGAGAGAGUAUGUUAGAGAAGACAAAGAGGUCGGUAGUGUGGUAGCCAUAGUUCCAAGGUAUUUCCCUGGUAGCACACUAUCAAUUAUCUAUCCGCGGAAAGCCAACUUCACUGUGGAUGAUUCUGGCAGAGUUCGCAUGACGAGACCGUUUGAUUUUGAAGCGAGGCAGUUCUACACUUUAACCGUCCGAGAACAAGAGCCUGCCCCACUCAGUCGUACUAACGAUGUGGAUGUUGAAAUCAAUGUGAUCGACAUCAAUGACAAUAAACCUGUCAUGAAAAUGGUCGAGUUCUUCGGCCGUGUUAACACCAAUUCGCGGCCGGGGACGAGUGCGUAUCAGCUCAAAGCCGAGGAUAAGGACGGUGGCUUGAGUGGGAGGAUUGGCUACCAGAUGGUAUCUAGAGGAAUACCGUUCGCCAUCAAUCCCCUAACUGAAGUUGUGGAGACAGGCGGUAUUCUAGAAGACAGGGGAGGUUACAAUGUGACUGUGUUUGGCUUUGAUUUUGGCGUCCCGCGUCAGUUUGGCGACUCGGUGUACCUUGAUAUCAAGACUGUCAAUUUUAAACCACAAUUUUCCGAAAGUUCGUACAAUUUCGAAGUGUUUGAGAAUGAUCUUCCUGGGAAGGUGAUUGGUGUUGUCAAUGCGACCAGUGCUUCUGGAGCAAGACUGGGUUUCUCAAUCGUGCAAGGUGACACGGAUAACAAGUUUUCCAUUGAAUCUACUGGUGAACUCAUAGUGAACUCGAGGUUAGACCGUGAAAAGACAAGCAUGUACAACCUGAAAGUUAGAACAACCGAGCAGAUUCCUCGUGGGGACUCCAAUGAUGUAGAUGUUCGCAUCUCGGUGAAGAACGCUAACGAGUACUACCCUUUCUUCCCCCUGAAGGUGUAUGAAAAAUCCAUCAAUGAAGAUGUCGGAUCAGGCGCCUCUGUGCUUAGUGUCACGGCAUACGACUGUGAUUGCACAGGUUGUGCAUGCAAAAACGCAGAACUGAAGUACUCAUUGGAAGGUACUAAUGUUUUUAAAAUUGAUGAAGUUACUGGCUUGAUAAGUGUUGGUGAUACACCGCUUGAUUUUGAAACUCAAAGGAGACACUUAUUUAAAGUUGUCGUGGAGGAUUUUGGCGAAAAAAAGUUCUCUUCAAGGUCGUACGUCAGGGUUACCGUACAAAAUAAGAAUGAUGAAGAACCGAAAUUCCAGAGGGGAGAAUACAGCAUUGAUAUUGCAGAGGAUGCCGCGACUAAUAAAGCUCUAGCAGCCAUUCUUGCUAGAGAUGUUGAUGGCGACUCUUCAUUGUACUCGAUAACCAGUGGCGCUAGCAGCAUCUUCAACAUUGAUGGUAACACCGGUGUACUGUCACUCGCACAGAGUGUUCGUGGACAGAAAAAACAGUACACUCUCACAGUAAGGGCAACAGACACAGCUCCAAAUCCGAAAUAUGAUGAAGUGCGUGUUGUGAUCAACAUUGAAGAUAUCAAUGACAACCGACCAGUUUUCACUGUUUGCCCGAAUGAAGUUACUGUUGAGGAGAACAAACCGACAGGCGAGAGGGUAAUUCAAGUCACUGCCAAGGACUCAGACAAUGGACGGAACGGGGAAGUGGAGUACAAGCUUGUUACCGGUGGAGAAAGGCUCUUCGAAAUAAACAAUUCCACAGGUCUGAUUACUACAAUAACUAGCUUGGAUCGAGAGACUGCAGAUCGUCACACGUUGAUAGUACAAGCCGAGGAUGGAGGACACGGAAGAAAUGAAGCAGAGAGGCUUCUCUCCUAUUGUAUCAUAGAAGUUAAAGUAGCCGACGUUAACGAUAAUUAUCCCGUGUUCUUCACAAGGCAAUAUUAUGGUAGUGUGUUUCAUAAAGCUCCAAUAAGUACGACUGUCUUGACUGUGAGCGCUACGGACGAUGAUAUAGGAAACAACCAGAAGGUGGUGUACUCCUUAGUUGGGUCUAAUGACAAGUUUGAAGUCGAUGGAACAACAGGUAGCAUUAGAACAAUCGCGGUCCUGUCCAAUUUCGAACAAACCGUACAGCUGAAAAUCCGAGCAUCCAAUCAGGCUACCCCAACCGCUCCAAAAACAAGUUCAUCGGAGACCACAGUUGAGAUAAAUGUUGUAAACAAGCAACCACCCAAAUUUGAACCAAGUAGUGUUUACACUGCCGAGAUUCAAGAAGACGUGGAAGUAGGAACACCAGUGGUGACGGUGAAAGCGGAAAGCCAGGUUAACUCCACGAAUGUGAUUGCGUAUAGUUUGGUGAAGUCAUACCCCAGUGCUGAGCAAAACUUCAAGGUUGAUCCAGGAACAGGAGUAAUAUCAACUGCAAGUACGCUUAAUUUUGAGCAGCAGAGUAGCUACACGCUUCAGAUUCGCGCGAGAGAGAAUGAAAAUGAUUUGUAUGCCACUUGUUCUGUCGACAUAAAACUGAAAGAUGUAAACGACGACACACCAACAUUUAAACUUGAAGAGUACUCCGCCAGAGUUCCCGAGGAAACAGCUGGAGGCUUCAAUGCGAUCACGGUCAAAGCAGAUGACAGGGACACCGGUUUGUUUGGUCAAGUAUUGUAUUCACUUGAUGCGUCUCAGAAGUUCAGGAUAGUUGCAAGCAAUGGCACCAUCUUUAGCCGGGAGAAAUUUGACAGGGAGGCGGAAAAAACUCACACUGUGUUCGCGACCGCCACAGACGGAGGCACGCCACCUCUCCAAGCCAAAGUUGUCGUUUCCGUUGUAGUUGUGGAUCAGAAUGAUGAGCCUCCCGUCUUUGAAAAAAGGAAAUAUACAGGUAAUGUCCAAGAAGAUGCUCCCAUAGGCACCUCUAUCCUUGACCUAUCAGCAACGGACGCUGAUAUUGGAGACAAUGCAAGGUUGGAGUACUUUAUUUCUGGCGGAGGACAGUCCCAGCUUUUCAGAAUGGAAACAGUCUACAGUCCCGAAAACAAGGGUAUUCUUUAUCUUGAAGGCAAGCUGGACUUCGAAAGCAAAUCAACUUACACCAUUAAAGUGACCGCCACAGACAGAAAAGACAGCGACACGGUGGACGUAGUCAUAACGGUUAUUAACACAAACGACAACGCUCCAGAGUUUACUGCGCUGAUCUACGAAGAAACCAUCCAAGAGGAAACGAAGGCCGGCGAAAAGGUAGCACAGGUUUCUGCAACGGACUCAGACAGCCCUGGUAUCAAGGAUACACUGGUUUACUCGAUUGACAAGACGGGACAGAGGUAUUUCUCUAUCAACUCAGGAACUGGCGAGAUAACCACCGCCAAUGAGAAGCUUGAUCGCGAAAAAGAUCAAACGGUUAGCUUUUACGUCUUUGCCUAUGAUGGCAAACAUAGGGGAGAAGCCCUUGUAAGGGUGAACCUGACAGACAUCAAUGAUAAUGCCCCGUAUUUUCCAAACCCUCCUUAUGUUGGCUCUGUGGAGGAAAAUAAAAAUCCAGGCACCAGUGUGAUGGUUCUUCAAGCAGUUGACUUAGACACUGGUGUAAACGCAAUAAUACAUUAUGAACUAGAGGACAAUGCCGGGGGCAAGUUUAAGAUUGAUCAAGACACUGGGCUUGUCACCACGCUCGAAACUCUGGAAAGAGAGGGCCCCGAAAACGAAUUUACGAUACGAGUCAGAGCUACAAACAGACAGGCCGGUGCCCCACUUUUGUCUGGUACUGUUACUGCAACAAUCAAAGUUUCUGAUGGAAAUGAUCAGAGUCCAGUGUUUGAUCCCCUAGUUUACAAAGCAGAUGUUCCUGAAGAUGCCUUGCCCGGGUACCUUGUUACCAAGGUGGCCGCUACCGAUAAAGACGUGGGUCCCAACGCAGAAUUAGAGUAUACAAUAACGGCAGGCAAUGACCCUUACGAGUUUUACAUCGACCCAAGGAAUGGUCGCAUCCUCGUGUCUGGGCUCCUCGACUUCGAUAAAGGGAAGAAAACGUACAACUUGACAGUUACGGUUAGUGACCGCGGAAAUCCCCCUAAGAGUGCCCCAAGACCAGCCUUGGUUUACAUUAACGUGCUCGAUGCCAAUGAUAAUCCUCCAAUAUUUGUGCCUGCUGAGUACAACAAGAAAGUAUCUGAGAGUGUUAAACCGGGUGAUACUGUCCUACUGGUAACGGCGGUUGACAAAGACACCGGCACCAACGCGCAGUUCCAGUUUUCUAUCACGGAUGGUGAUGACGCGAAUAUGUUUGCUGUCAGGUCCAACGUUAACAAUGGUAGUAUUGGAGAAAUUUACACGCUGCUGCAGCUAGAUCGAGAAACCGUUCCUCGUUACAAUUUGACCGUGGCAGCUACAGACUCUGGAGGGUUGCAGGGUAUUGCAGUGGUGCAUCUUACCAUAACCGAUAUUAAUGACAAUGGCCCGUGGUUCAAACCUCGUUACUACGAGGGCACUGUCCAGGCGGGAAUAAAUCCCAGCCAAGGACAACCUGUCGUGAUUCUUGAGGCUUACGAUCCAGAUGAAGCGAGCAACGGUCCUCCGUUUACAUUCUCACUUGUGGAUGCAGACCUUAGUAGUCGUUUUAAAAUUACAAAAGCCACAGAUAAGACGGCUAACAUGGCUGCUUUUGGAGAAUUCAACAGGGAAGUAAAGCAGGUAUGGGAGGUCAAAGUCAAGGCAAUAGACAGUGGAAUUCCUGCGAAGGACAACACAACGUUUGCGUACAUUGACGUUGAAGAUGACAGGAAUCGAAACGAACCGUUUGACGGAAAAUUGACCAUCAUCGUGAACGCGUACAACGGCAGGUUUGCCGGUGGAAUCAUCGGCAAAGCUUAUUACAGAGACGAUGAUUACAAUGGCGACCAGAAUAAGUAUAGCAUGGACGACCAGAAAUUUUUCACCCUCACCCCAGAAACUGGUGAUAUCACAGCUGAGGCUAAUAUACCAGAGGGUAGGUAUACAUUCAGUGUCAAAGUCGAAGAAACGAAACAAAGACCUGGUAACUUCCCUAAGAUAGUAACCUCAGACGUGACGGUCAUAGUACAAAGUGUAACCAAUGCAGCGAUCCAGCAAAGCGUGGCCGUACUGAUAUUGGAAAUGAGGAAAACUUCAUUUUUUGUAGCUGACUUCUACACAAAGGUUCAAGGUGUGCUAGCGAACAUUCUGACUGGUGGCGAUACAGACCGAAUAUUAAUCUAUAGUAUUCAGAAAGCACCUGUCAAUCGCGUUCCCCUCGCGGAUCUGUUUGGCGUGGAGAUUUAUCUUUCAGUGAAGUUGUCAAGUGGUGGGAUUAUGGAUCGCUUGCAAGUUGUGAAUCAGCUGAUACAAAAGAAAGAGAGACUAGAGGGGCUAGGACUAGUGAUCGGAAGCAUUGGUAUCGAUGCAUGUGCGUACGAACAGCAACAAGUUGGCAUAUGUAGGAACGUUGUUAAAGCGGCUUCAGCUUUCACCGUGGUGAGUGGUGAUUACGGUCAAAUUCCUGCCACUCAGAGCUCCUUGACUGUGGUGGCUAUAAACGUCAAUCUUCAAGCAGAGUAUACAUCUAUCAUCUUACCGGAUAAAAACUGCACCACGAGCACGCCCUGCUUUCACGGAGGAACAUGUCAUAACGCUGUUCCAAAGGGAAUUAUCUGUGAGUGUGGGCGAGAUUUUCGGGGACCGGAAUGCCAGAGCACGACCAGGACAUUCAAAGGCAAUUCGUAUCUCUGGCUGGAGAAGCUGACCGCUUAUGAACGUAGCACUGUCUCGCUACAGUUCAUGACUGGAACGGCUGAUGGGCUGCUUCUCUACCAAGGCCCUGUUUCGGAAGGUUCUAACAAUGGUUUACCAGACGUAAUGGCCGUGAUGAUGGUUGAAGGGUACAUAAAGCUUGUGCUCACUCUUGGUCCUCAUCCGAACGCUCCGUUAGAGCUCUACAUGAACCGGGGGGACCGGCUGGAUGAUAGGCAAUGGCACACGGUGGAAGUUAUUCGUGAACUUAAGAAAGUGACUGUGAGGAUCGAUCUGUGCUCUAAAGCUCAGGUUACGGAAGAUGAUGGACAAGUUGUAGAGAACAGAGCUUCGUGUGAGAUUGAGGGCGAAGUUUGGGGUUCUAAUAUUUACCUUAAUGGAUUUGGCCCACUUCAAAUUGGUGGAGUAGAGAACAAGUUAAACGAUGCAAAGAUCAGCUACGCUGGGUUUCAAGGAUGCAUAAGAAAUAUCAAAGAUAACAACGUCAUGUACGACUUGCUGAAUCCUCCUUUUGAAAAGAACACAGAAUUGGGAUGUAAGCUUGAAAACAAUCCGUGUCCAGAUUGUAACGAUCAGGGAUAUUGCGAGCCAUUGUGGACCAAUAGUAUUUGUGUGUGCGACCUGGGAUUCAGCGGACCCAACUGUAACUCAAGAACCAAUGCCAACUGGUAUAAACCAAACAGCUUCACUCAGUACCGAAUAAGGCAAACUGCAAGAAAACGCCGAGAACUUGUUCCUCCACCAGUUUCUAUGUCAAACGAAUUCUUCACUAACAUUGCUCUUCAAGUUAGGAUAUCUCCCAAUUCUUCUAAUGUGGUUGUCUUCUUGGCUUCCAAUAGCCUGGGAACAGAAUUCAACAGGAUUGAUGUGAAGAAUCACGUGUUGCGUUACAUCUUCCGGCUUGGUGAUCGUAUGAAGAUCCUUAGUAUUCCCCAACUGAACAUAACGGACGAUAAAUACCACACGAUUGUAGUCAAGAGAGAGGGUAACCAAGCAAAGCUUCAGAUUGAUUAUGACGGUAAAGUGGAGGGGACCACAGGUGGUAUACACAAACUACUCAAUAUGGGAGGAGGAAGUUUCUUUACUGGUGGCUUGCCUAAUGUUACUGAGGUACGGGUCGUAGAAGCAUUUGUUAACAGUGGCGGUAACGCCAUCUUGCGCACUGCCGAUGGCAACAUCAUCUCGAGCGGAAUAGGAAGUGGAUUAGCAGGAUAUAGUUCCUCUGAUGCCGACCUCAUGGGUACCAUGAUAACUGUUGGUCGUGCAGGACAGGUACGCCUCUCAAGUUCUUACAUGAAAUUGUAUUCUUCAUUUGGAAUGCGAGCCGUUGUGGGUUCGUCAGGCCGUGUAUUUGUGGGACGUACAGCAACAACGAGUACGAGAACAAUUAUAAGGUCUUACGGGUCAUAUACGCCCAUUGGCGUUAAAAGUGGAGGCAAGGUUAAUGUCAGAGUCAUACCAACGAAUUAUAACCCAAGUGGAGGCUCUAUCGUAGUAAGUUCUACCAAAGGCGGUAGCGCAGUCGGUUCUUCUGGCGGCAGUGGCUCGGCCGGCGGAGGUAGUGGCGCCUCGGGUGGCGGGGGAAGCGCUUCUGGUGAAGGUGGUGUUGUAGUCGGUGGAAGUGGUGGUGUUGUUGGUGGUGGUAGUGUGGGUCGUGGUAUUGGUGGACAAUACGUCACUGGAGCCACUGUAUUAGGAGGUGCCAGCUCGGCUGAUGCAUAUGGACAAGUCAAUGCUUAUGGCACUUCCCUUGUUGGAUGGACACUCCUGGGGGCAACCCCUGAUGGUGCUAAGGAAGUUGAAGUUAUAGGAGAUUUUGGAGGAUGUACGGCGUCAAACAAUUACAAUGGCGUAGAUUUGGACAACGAUCCUGGUAUAGAGGCACGGCGUCAGAAUGUGGAAUUCGGCUGUCCGUGUUCAUCAGGUCUCUGUUUGCACGGCGGAACAUGUGUGGAUGCCGUACCUCCUUACUGUAUGUGCCCGCCUGGUUGGACUGGACCGCGAUGCGAGACCGUUGUUACCAGCCCUAAUCCAGGCACACGUCCAGGAAGCAAGUGGGCGAAUCCUGCAGUUAUCGCAAUCGUCCUGGUCGUUUUGCUGGCCAUUUUAGCAAUUGUCGGCGCCGUACUACUAAAGAGGCGACCGGUGCCAGCUGUGGUGGCUGUGGUCGAAGAUGGGCACGUUCACGACAACAUUCGACCGUACCACGACGAAGGCGCCGGCGAGGAAGAUAAUUUUGGCUAUGAUAUCACAACUCUUAUGAAGUACACGUAUGUUGAAAACGGCAUAGCUGGUACAGGCGGUGCAGGUUAUGGCAAGUUUAAGGAUGCUGGGGGUAUUGGCGAAGAAGAGUUCACCGUGGCAGAAAAUAAACCCCUUUUACAAGGAGCGAUGCCUGGUACUGGCUUACAGCACGGGGUUACCACCUUGACUAAGCGUCGCGUUGUACAUCCUGAAAGCAUUGACGUUAAACAGUUCAUCGAUACGCGCGUUCACGAAGCGGACGGCGAAUAUAUCUUAUCCAUCGACGAAUUACACAUUUAUAGGUACGAAGGAGAUGACUCAGAUGUCGACGACCUUAGUGAGCUCGGAGACAGUGACGAAGAGCCGGAUGAGGAGGAGGAGCAAGAAUUUGCUUUCUUGCAAGAAUGGGGCAAGAAGUUCGACAACCUUAACCGCAUAUUCAACGAAGACGAUUGAUCCAUUGAGCCGUUUUGUACAUAAGCUGAUUCUCCAAAGAUAAAAUCAACAAGUCUAAGCACUUUGUAAUCCUUCCUCAAGUGCGUUUAAUCAGCUCAUAUUUUUGACAUGGAACGUCCAUGACUUCAUUUUGUGAAGAAUUGUUUGAAUAUGCAAGUUGAAUGAGAAAUUCUCGAUGUGACGAGAGCGCUUUUUAAUACUUGUUAGUACGCGUGCAACUUUUAGUGGCCUUGCUGGGACACAAGCGAGGUACUCGCUGUGAAUUUAAAUUCGCAAAGGUGUGUAGUUAGGAAAAAAAACUUUGUAUUAGAGAGAAAAUUUAACACCGUAAGCGUUUUUUGUGGAUUUGUUUUAUAGUAAGCACGACUCCUAGCGAACAACGCUUUGUUUGGCGUUUUUUGUUAUCAUCAUUGUGUCGGUGCAAAAGAUGAAUUUAUUUAACUCUUCUGGACAAUGGGAAUGGAAUGUCUUUGUUUUUGUACAAUUAUUCCUCUUUUACCAUUGAUGUAAGGGGCUACUAAGGCCAGUAGGAAAAAAUAGCUAUGGUUGAGGUCCGUUUUCUAACGUUUCACGUCCUCUCUUCAAUCGGCACGUUUGGAAAAAAACUAGAAAUUCCUUAACGAAACGUAAUCUCAUGAUUAGCUAAAUAUUCGCGUCUAAUAUUGAACUAAUUGUAUACACCUGGUGUAAACUAUCAUUUCAAGAUUUUUUUUGGAGUUAUUUAAUUUCCUCAUUUUUGUCAGUUAAAGAUUGCGAUAGCGCAAUAACUUGCUAGAUAGAAGUCAAUAAAUAAUGUUUGUACGAAGAAAAUGGAACAAAUUUAUGGUUCUACUCAUUA